CAAGCGUAUGCCAACGAGAUUGGCCUAUGCGCCACUCCGCCCUUCGGGAUGCCUGGUCGCAAACGUAAACGUGGGCAUGAGGUCACCUCUCCAAUGGGAAGUAGACAUUUGUCAAAUCCCAGCGUACACUCGGAUACGGUGGACAAGAAAACCAAGCAGUUGCUUUUCUUUGAGACCAAGGUAUGCAUACUAGGACGUUCCACGUUGCGAAACGAUGAGAGUUAUACGCAGGUCAAGGCUGAGGUACUCAUGAAUCGGUUUUACGACAAGCGCCAAUCCCACUGCAUACUCUAUUGUUUGGAAGACUGUUUGCGAUUUGAGAAGACCAAAUGUAUGGGCAUGCAGCCGCUACGCAACUUUGUCAAAUAUAAACACAUUAGACACGUGUUCAUAUUCGAAGACAAACCAAAUGUCUUCAUGUUGUGUAUUGACAGUGGUCGCUCCAAUAGAAGGACCUACGAGGCAUUCAAGUGUAAACGCAAAGAGGAUGUGUUGGCCUUAUGCGAAAUCAUUUACAAGGCAUCACAGGAUCCAAACAGCGUACUACACGACCUGGUACCGAUCCGGGAGGUAUCACGCUAUUCCGAUCUAUCCAUACCAAUACAGUAUCACUCAACCAGUGAAUUAGAACGUCGUGCCUACUCAACAGGUAUUCUAUCACCUGGUCCAUCAACGUCCCGUGACGGGGAACUCCUGGAUGCGAAUAUAGAAGAACGGAAAUACGCGCAUCCUCUCCGCAUGGAAAGUAUGCACUCAGCGCCCACGAUUAACCGAGAGCAUUUGGUCCGUUGCCAGGUAACAUAUGAUAACACCAUUUCACCAAACUGGCGGAACAGCGCUGCUAAUGAAAUUCGACAGAGGCUGAUGAGAAAGAGUGAGGACAAGGACUGGGAAGUGACCAUGAUGUUCCUACGUUGGGAUAACUUACACGGAGCGAUAGUAAAUGAGUACGGUCCAAUCUACUUUUAUGUGGCCAGAAGGCUGACUCCUUCUUAACUUCGUCAGUGAAAGCAGCCCGAUUCCCUGUGACUGUCCAACCAUUCUUGACUGUUGUUUCCCGAUAGGUAUAUGUUACAAUGAAUUGAUUGAACUAAUUAUACAUCGGUAGGUUAUCA